CUUUACUUUUUGUUAUAUUACCCUCCCAUCUGCAUCUAGGUGUUCCUGGUAGUCUCCUUCCUUGAGAUUUGCCUACCAGAACUUCUCUUCUUUAUAUUUGUGUUCAUAUGCCCUACAAAUGCGGAUUCGGCAGAACAAGAAUCACUGAUCAAGACUCCUUGACUUCAUGAACUGUAAACAGUUUUGAAGAAGUUAAUGCUCAGAGUCAAGAGGAAAGAUGAAUUAUUGUCAAUGAUAUAGCCAAGAAGUUGGAAAUCAGCCAUAGAUCUGCGUGUUCCAUUGUGCACAACAGCCUUGGGUGUCACAAAAUUUGUGCAUGGUGGAUACAAAACUAGCUUACAGCACAAACAAACAUUUGUGGAAACAUUAAUUCAGUUUUUGUAGAAUGCCACGAAGAAGGAAAGGCUUAUCCAUGACUGAUAAUCAAAGCUGAUUAAAUGUGGAUGCAACACAAUGAACCUGUGCAAACAUCAGAGCAUGGAGUGGAAACACAUCAUUGCUGAAGUCAAUGCUAUUCGGUAGUGUGCCUUCUGCUGGCAGAAUGAUGUUGAUGCCAUGUUGCGACAUUACUGGGUCCAUCCCAAGUCAUGAUCAGGAUUGUGGACAGACAUUCAAUAGUGCACAGUAUUACACUGUGCUUUAGGAGGAGUUGCAGUCUGCUGUUCACAGCUGACGAAAGCAUCUCUGAGGAACUGGAGGCAGCGUAUGUGUGUAAGCGUCGCUUGGAGCACUUGAGGGAACAUGCCGGUUCUAAUGGGCCUGGUGUUGGUGGUUCCACCACAGGGGCAGUGAAUCUCUGGAGGAAGCGUCGACUAGACCGCAUGUUGGUGGAAUACUUUCUGCGCCGAGGUUACUAUGGGGCAGCUACACGCCUUGCUCAUCGUUCCGAUCUUCGUGACCUCACAAACAUUGAUGUCUUCUUGAUUUCCCGUGAGGUUGAGCAAUCACUUGCACAACAUGAGACCUCUAAGUGCCUUGAAUGGUGCUAUGAUAAUCGCUCAAAGCUGCGUAAGUUGAAGUCCACCAUGGAGUUCAACUUGCGAAUUCAAGAAUUUGUUGAGUUGGUGAAAGCAGAUAAACGCAUGGAUGCUGUAAGGCAUGCCAGAAAGUAUUUCACCAUCUUUGAAGAUGAACAACUGCAAGAUGUCCAACACUGUAUGGCUCUGCUAGCGUUCCCUACAAAUACAGAACUGUCGCCAUACAAAGAACUGCUGGAUGACAGCCGCUGGGAGCGUCUGAUAGAACAGUUUCGCCAAGACAAUUAUCGCCUGUUUCAACUUGCCUCGCAGUCUGUCUUCACUGUUGCUCUUCAGGCUGGUCUUUCAGCUUUGAAGACACCUCAGUGUUACAGCAAUUCUCGUGACAGCCGCAACCCAAGCUGUCCAGUGUGUCAGGAUUCUUUCAAUGAGCUUGCACAGCCACUGCCAUUUGCUCACUGUUCGCAGUCGAGGCUGGUGUGUGCUAUCUCAGGCCUCCCUCUCAAUGAACACAACCUACCAAUGAUGCUGCCUAACGGAUAUGUAUAUGGGGAACAGGCACUGGAGCAGAUGGCUCUUGAGAACAAUGGUCAGGUCAUUUGCCCCAAAACAAAGGAGAUUUAUCCAUUCAAGAAACUUGAGAAGGUGUUUGUUAUGUAAAUAUUGUACAAGUUACCAGUCAUACAAAGUUCCAGAAGGACAUUGUAUUUUCUUCCACAGUCAUCUUUUCUGAAUGACACAUAUAUCUUUAAGUGCUGCUGAUAUAUUUUUGACACUUUCACAUGUGUUUAGUAUCUACAUCCGACUGUAAAGGAAAAAUUUGACUUUAUGCCAUUUAUAAUUAAAUAUAAUAAAAAAAUUCUUAGUUUAAAUAUUACAUGUAUUGUAUCAUACUGUAGAUUAUAUAUUAGAUGAUGUAUAUUAACACUGGAUGUCCAGACAUUUUGUUGUGAAAAUAUAUUUUGAUGAAGUGCAA